AUGGAACGUUGGCACAAUAAAUUGGCAAUUGUUACCGGAGCCAGUGGAGGUAUAGGUGCUGCAUGUGCCAGAACUUUAGUUGGAGCCGGGCUAAGAGUUGUUGGUUUGGCUAGAAGGGAAGCCAAAUUGAAAGAGUUACAAGAGAGUUUACCUGAAAGGCAAAAAUCUCUCUUUAUACCACGAAAAUGUGAUGUCUCUAAAGAGGAUGAGGUCAUUAAAACUUUUGAAUGGACUGAAAAACAAUUAGGCGGUGCUGAUGUUCUACUAAACAAUGCUGGAAUAACACGUGAAACGGAAUUAAUUGCUCCCGGCAAUACCGAGAAAAUACGGCAAGUAAUCGACACUAAUGUCAUGGGAGUACUAUGGUGUACACGUGAAGCAUUCCAGCGCAUGCAUAAACGAGGCAAUGAGGCUCAUAUAUUGAUUAUAAACAGCAUUGCAGGUCAACAAGUGUUAAAUUUUAUAGAUGUCUUACCAUCAUUUAACAUAUAUCCGGCUACAAAAUUUGCCAUUACCGCAAUGACCGAAACAUAUCGUCAAGAAUUUCAAUUACAUAAAAGUAAAGUUCGAAUUACUGGCAUUUGCCCAGGUGCUGUCAAUACAAAUAUCUUUCCCGAAGAAAUACAUUUUUAUGUUAAGGAUAUGCCACGGCUGGAUCCGGAUAAUAUUGCCGAUGCUGUAGUGUUUGCACUGAGAUCACCACCCAAUGUUCAGAUACAUGAAAUUACUUUGAAGCCAAUGGGAGAGAUGUUUUGA